AUGAGGCAGGAGAACCAGAGCAGCGUGUCCGAGUUCCUCCUCCUGGGGCUCCCCAUCCAUCCAGAGCAGCGGGGGGUCUUCUUCACCCUUUUCCUGGCCAUGUACCUGACCACUGUGCUGGGGAACCUGCUCAUCAUCCUGCUCAUCAGGUUGGACUCGCGCCUCCACACCCCCAUGUACUUCUUCCUCAGCCACUUGGCCCUCACUGAUGUGUGUCUCUCAUCUGUCACUGUCCCUAAGAUGUUGACGAACAUGCACACUAAUGACAAGUCCAUCCCCUAUGCAGGGUGCAUUACCCAGGCAUAUUUUUUCUUAUUGUUGGGUUGUCUUGACAAUCUCCUUCUGGCAGUGAUGGCCUAUGACAGGUACGUGGCCAUCUGUCAGCCCCUGCACUACACCACCAUCAUGAGGCCGGAGCUGUGUGUCUCCUUAGCUGGUGGGUCCUGGUUCUUCUGCUGUGUCCACUCUCUAUUGUAUACUCUUCUCUUGGCCCGCCUGUCCUUCUGUGCUGACCGUACCAUCCCACACUUCUUCUGUGACCUCACCACACUCCUAAAUAUGAGUUGCUCAGACGUCUCCCUCAAUGAGUGGGUCAUGCUCAUUGAGGGAGGGAUGCUCUUCAUAUUACCUUUGAGUGGCAUCUUGGGCUCCUAUAUACGGAUUUGGACCACUGUCCUGAGAGACCCCUCAGCUAAGAAAUUCUUCAAAGUCCUGUCUACCUGUGGCUCCCACCUCCUCGUUGUGUCCUUAUUCUAUGGGACCAUUGCAGAAAUUUACUUUUUCUCCUCAUCAUCUAUGUCCAAUGAUAAAAUGAUUGCCUCUGUGAUGUAUAUGAUAGUCACCCCCAUGCUGAACCCCUUCAUCUAUAGCCUGAGAAACAGAGACAUGAAGUGUGCCCUGGAAAGACUUGUUCCUUAUGACAAAAAACUUGAUCUGAAUGUGUAG